CUAUAUAUACCGAUAAAGCAGAGUUAGAUCAUCAUUGUCUAGUGCCUUCACCCACCCAACACAAACAUGAAAUCUAUUGUUCUUUUCGCCCUUGUAGCGGUGGCCGUGGCAGCUCCUCAGGACCAACUCGCUCAGAUACUUAAGCAGGACAGUCAGAUUAACCCUGAUGGUUCGUAUCAGUGGGAAUUCGAGACUUCCAACGGCAUCGCGGCUGGUGAACGGGGAGCUCUUAAGAACAUUGGUGCCGAAGAGCCUGCUCUUGAGGUGCAGGGACAGUCCUCCUACACUAGCAUCGAUGGAAUCCCCGUGCAACUUUCGUACAUUGCUAACGAGAAUGGCUUCCAACCCCAAGGCGCUCACCUGCCCACCCCGCCACCAAUCCCUGAGGCUAUUCAACGUGCCCUCGCCUAUAUCGCUACCGCUCCCCCUCAGCCUGAAAACUAAUUCAGAACUGUGAUUAGUUAGGUUAUCAAAGGCCUUAAAAAGAACAAUAUUAAGGUACCGUAAGACGAAGCCAGUAGG